CCAGAACACAUUGAUGAGCGCAAGAUUUGCAACGCUGUCACUCCAGACAAAGACGUUGACGGCUUUCACGUGAUAAACGUGGGGCGCAUGUGCCUGGACCAGUACACCAUGCUGCCGGCUACCCCCCGGGGCGUGUGGUCCAUCUUGUCCUCUGCAGGCAUCCCGACGCUGGGGAAGAAUGUGGUGGUGGCCGGCAGGGCGAAGAACGUGGGCAUGCCCAUCGCCAUGCUGCUGCACACGGACGGCAGGCACGAGCGCCCCGGAGGCGAUGCCACGGUCACCAUCUCCCACCGCUACACUCCCAAGGAGCAGCUGAAGCAGCACACGAUCCGCGCCGAUAUCGUGGUGGCAGCAGCAGGCAUACCCAACCUGAUCACAGCUGACAUGAUCAAAGAAGGAGCCGCGGUCAUCGACGUGGGGAUAACGAGGGUGCAGGACCCCAUCACUGCCAAACCCAGGCUGGUCGGGGAUGUGGCUUUUNNNNGGGUGAGGAAGAAAGCCAGCUACAUCACACCGGUCCCUGGCGGCGUGGGGCCCAUGACCGUUGCCAUGCUGAUGAAGAACACCAUCAUCGCUGCCAAGAAGCUGCUGAAACCCACGGAGCUGGAAGCAUUAACCGCUUAA